AUGCCUAGAAAUAAAGUGAAGUUGGCUUUCAUUGAAAAUAACAGUUCAAGGAAAGUCUCAUACAGAAAAAGACAGAAAGGGUUCUUAACAAAGACCCGUGAACUCAACACCCUUUGUGAUGUUGAAAUAGCUUCUGUUAUCUAUAGUCCUUACCAGAAUGAACCUAUAAUAUUUCCAAAUAACGACGUUGUUACCAACACCUUUACAACGUUCAGGGAGUUGUCAAGAUUGGAGCAAUCAAAAAAUAUGAUGACACAAGAGAAUUUCACCAAGCAAAGGAUUCAAAAAAUGGAGGAAAAACUAGAGAAGGUAAGAAAGGAAAAUAGAGUUAGGGAGUUCACAAAUAAGAUGUAUGAAAUGUUGAAUGGAGAAGAUAUUCCUAAUGGUAUACAUGUUUACGAUCUCAACGAUCUGAGUUACGUGAUCAACCAAAACCUUAAAGAGGUAUGUGAAGCAAUCAAAGCAUUGUCUACACCAGUGUUAACGGAUGUAUCGAUGCCAAUAAAUAAUCAUCAGAAUAACUCUGUUAGCUUUACACAGAGUCCUGCAUUGUCUGAGAUGUUUGAUUGGAACGAUGAUCUGAUCAAUUUGGAUUGGAGCGAUCUGUUGACUUUACUUGAUGAGACAUCUUUCGAUAAAGUUGAUGUUCAAGAUUCAAAUCGCAACAACGAUAAUUUAUAAGGAUCUUAGACUAAUGUCUUCAUAUGAUUCUCAAUACUCUUUGCUCAUAUCCUCAUUUGAAAUGUCCAUUUGUUAUGUUUGUUUUUUUUCUUCAAAAU